AUGAAAAGGGUCAAGAGGUCUAAGAAACAAGAUGAAAGGAUUGUAAACGAUCCAUUUAAGGAGCUUCCUAAUGAACUGAACGAAGAUAUUCUCAUGAAACUGCCGCCGAGAUCCAUAGCCAGGCUCCAUUUCGCUUCUAAACACUUGUCAUCGAUAAUCCUCGGCAAACAGUUCACCGAGCGGUUCAUGACUCGAUCUUCAGCUCAGCCGCGUCAUCUUGUCAUUGUGCACGGUGGCGAACACUACGUGAAGAUGCAUCGCUUUCACUCCAUCUCUCAAGAGUAUCCCCAUCGUCAUGAUUAUGGAUGUGAAGGGAUAUGCAGGGAUGGACUACCCGAAGAUGAUACGGUUCAAGAGUUUGGUGAGCUGGUGAAUCACUCUGGAAAGAUAACCAUAGCGACUCUAGGAUGUAGCGGACCAGUUGACCUAUGGGUUCUGGAAGAUGUCAACAACGAAAUAUGGUCAAAAUCUGUUGUUGUGAUGCCUUCUGUGGCAGAUAUAUUUGGAAUGUCUUAUACGUUCUUUAGAGGUAUGCUUGGUACUGGGGAGAUGAUAUUAAAACCAAUCAUCACAUCUCCUGAACCCUAUUUUUUGGUUUGUUACAAUCCGGAGGAGGGAGAAUUCAGACAAAUUGUGAUUGAUGAAAUUUAUAAUUUUUGUUAUGAAUCUAAUACUUUUCAAGUCUUUUUCGAUCAUGUAGAGAGUUAUAUGGUUCUGUGA